AGUGGGCACUUCUGAUCCGCUGCUCGCAGGGCAGAGACGGAGCACGGGGCGUGGGCUCGGACUGAGCUCGAUCCUACAAAUACACAACAGACUCACAUGUUUAACAGGCUAUACAACAGGACACUUGAUUAACAUGAAUCGUGGGAGGUCGAGUGAUGAGACGCUUAUAGAGAUGGACCGAACUGCUUGGUCCGGCGGCGGUGGAUAAGCAGCAGCAGAGUAAGGACUCUGUGUACUUCAGAGAUGGCAUGCGGAGGAUAGAUUUCGUUCUGUCUUACAUCGACGACAAGGACGGAGAAAAGAAACAGGAUCGAAGGAAGGAGUUUGAGGCUAACUUAGAGAAAGCUGGACUUGAGCUGGAGACGGAGGACAAAUCUGAGUCUGAAGAUGGGAGGACAUACUUCCUGAAGAUCCAUGUCCCAUGGGAAGUGCUGGCAACAUAUGCAGACGUUCUAAAAAUCAAAGUGCCUUUUAAAACCAACGAUAUUACUGAUAAAAAAGACGUGCCCAUGAGCUGGCUCUGUACUCCCUACCGUCUGCCCGAGCAUGUGAUGCAACCUGAGCCCGACUAUUUCACCGCCACCUUUGACAAGAGCAAGAUUGACUUCUUCCUCAUCGAGGACAAAGAAACCUUCUUUCCUCCGUCCACACGGAACAGGAUUGUAUAUUACAUCCUUUCCCGAUGUCCGUACAGUAAAGAAGACAAGGAUAAGAAGGGCAUCAAGAGGCUGCUGAACAACGGGACUUACGCAGCUGCCUUCCCUCUGCAUGACUCUAGGUACUGGACCAGGUCUCGUGAUGCUAAUUGUGAGAGUGAACGUUAUGCCUUGUAUAAAUACUGGGCUCGUUUCAGCCGCUUUUACAAGGAGCAGCCGCUCAACCUCAUACGGAAGUACUAUGGAGAGAAGAUCGGCAUCUACUUCGCUUGGCUGGGUUUCUACACAGAGAUGCUGACCUAUGCCGCAGUUGUUGGUCUGCUCUGUUUCAUCUAUGGUGUGGCCAGCUUUGAUGAAAACGUCUGGAGUAAAGAGAUCUGUAAUAAAACCAUUGGUGGGCAGAUUGUCAUGUGUCCUCUCUGUGAUAAGAAAUGUGGCUACUGGAUGCUCAGCACAACCUGUAGCUCCUCAUGGCAAUCGUAUCUGUUUGACAACACAGCGACGGUGUUCUUUGCAAUAUUCAUGGGAAUAUGGGUGACUCUGUUCCUGGAGUUCUGGAAGCGGCGUCAGGCUCGACUGGAGUACGAGUGGGAUCUGGUGGACAUGGAGGAAGAGCAGCAACAGCUGCAGCUCAGACCCGAAUACGAGACCAAGUGCACCCACCGCCGGCUCAACCGCGUCACGCAAGAGAUGGAGCCUUAUUUACCUCUAACAAGCAAGUUUGCUCGUUCAGUACUGUCCGGGGCCACCGUCCUCUUCUGGAUCUCUCUGAUUAUCGCCAGUAUAAUCGGUGUGAUUGCGUACCGUCUGGCGGUGUUUGCGGCAUUUGCCAGCAUUAUGAAGGACAGCCCCACCAAUAAGCUGGAUGUGGUUGGAUCCCUUAUCACGCCGCAGUUAGCCACAUCCGUCACGGCUUCCUGCAUCAACUUUGUCAUCAUCAUGAUUCUGAACUUCCUGUAUGAGCGUGUAGCCAUAAAGAUCACUGAUAUGGAGGUUCCCAAAACCCAUGUGGAGUACGAGAACAAGCUAACGGUGAAGAUGUUCCUCUUCCAGUUUGUCAACUACUAUUCCUCUUGCUUCUACGUCGCAUUUUUUAAGGGCAAAUUUGUGGGCUACCCUGGAGACUAUGCCUACAUGUUUGGCAAGUGGAGAAAUGAAGAGUGCGAGCCAGGCGGCUGUUUGAUUGAGUUAACCACUCAGUUAGUGAUCGUGAUGGUGGGUAAACAGGUGUGGGGGAACAUACAGGAAGCUCUCGUCCCCUGGCUGUGUAACUGGUGGGUGAGCAGAAGCGCUCGUAAUCAUCCGGAGAGUCUGUACAGCCGCUGGGAGCAGGAUCAUGACCUGCAGAGCUUCAGUCAGCUCGGCCUCUUCUACGAGUACCUGGAGAUGGUUAUCCAAUUUGGCUUCAUCACCCUGUUUGUGGCCUCUUUCCCGCUGGCUCCUCUGCUGGCUCUGAUGAAUAAUAUCUUGGAAGUGCGAGUAGACGCUUGGAAAUUCACCACUCAGUUCCGCCGGCCCGUGGCAGCCAAAGUGCACAACAUCGGCGCAUGGAACGAGAUCCUCAACAUGAUCGCUGUUUUCUCAGUGGUUACCAAUGUGAGUCUGUAGUAAUAAUGAGUCGGGAACCACUUUGACUACAUCAGAGUUCGUUGAACAAUUCAAACUGAUUGUUCAGUGAGUCUUUUGGACUGAUUCAUUAACAAGAACCAGCUUAUAUGAAUUUUUAGUACACCUACAUCUAGGGCUGUCACGAUUCCUCGAUUCAACCGAGUACUCGAUUUGAAAAAAUCCUCGAUUGAAUUUUGCCCAUGUCGAGUAACUGGCAAAAUACCGAAAGUGGCGCAUUUCAUGGACGAGAAAA